AUCCGGAAGUGUCUCUUAUGCAACAAGGACGGUUCGUGCGCCAUAAUAGUUUGCCGCCACGGCCUGUCGGAGAAUUCGGACGCGGAGCGCGUUAUUUUAGUACACAAUUUAGCAUUUAUUAAAAAAAAAGAAACUUGAACAGAAUUACAUAUUUUGAGUACUUUUAGAAGCGUUCCAGAAUUCCAGGCAGCAACAGAAUAAUACUGAAGAGGGACGUCGUUUAAAAGAGGAUUCCUGUAGGCCGCAUUAACACGAGCUCCGCCAUCAUGGCCGACGACUUUGACAUCGAAGCCAUGCUUGAGGCGCCCUAUAAAAAGACAUGCCUAUAUCUCACCUCUACUCCCAUGAAUUCCAGUGUGAACUGUCAAAAAAAUGAAGGGCGAGAUGUGUGACAGAGGUGGCAUCGAACUCUUACAAUCCACGAAGGCAAAUGGGGUGAAGAUCACUGGAAUGGCAUCCACCACAGGAGCUCACUUAGUGGCUGGCUGCUAGCAUUGCCACUUUGGGUCUUAUAGGCACAGAUAGCCUUGGAUGAGACCAAGUCCAUAAGUUCCAAUGGGCAUGAAGAACGGAGCAAGAAACACCUGAAUGGAUUAAAUUGAAAAUCGCUGAAAAAGAAGAGCAGAAGUCGUAGUAGGAGCAGGGAGAGAAAGAGAAGCAAGAGCCGGGACCGCAAAAGGAGCCGGAGCCGGGAGAAGAGUCGUGAACGAAAGAGGAGCCGGAGCCGGGACAAGAGACGCAGUCGGAGCCGAGAGAGGAAACGCAGUCGUUCCAGGAGCAGGGAGCGUGGCGCUCGCUUCAGAACAGCCUUCCGAAGAAAGUCUAGGAGCCGUAGCCCAUUCAGACGAGACAAAAGUCCUAUCAGACAGCCUAUAGAUAACCUCACACCAGAGGAGAGGGAUGCCCGCACGGUUUUUUGCAUGCAACUUGCUGCCAGAAUCCGGCCCCGGGACCUAGAAGAAUUCUUCUCUGCUGUGGGAAAAGUGAGGGAUGUGAGGAUGAUCUCUGACAGAAACUCCAGAAGGUCCAAGGGUAUAGCCUACAUUGAAUUUGUGGACGCCACCUCUGUACCGCUAGCAAUUGGUCUGUCUGGGCAAAGGCUGCUUGGAGUACCAAUCAUUGUUCAGGCUUCACAGGCUGAAAAGAACAGAGCUGCUGCAAUGGCCAACAACCUACAGAAAGGCAGUGCUGGACCUAUGAGGCUGUAUGUUGGCUCACUGCAUUUCAACAUCACAGAGGACAUGCUCAGAGGGAUCUUUGAACCAUUUGGACGGAUUGAUAGUAUUCAGCUUAUGAUGGAUAGUGAAACAGGGCGAUCCAAGGGAUAUGGUUUUAUCACAUUUGCUGAUGCUGAGUGUGCGAAGAAAGCCUUGGAACAGCUAAAUGGCUUUGAACUGGCUGGCAGGCCAAUGAAAGUGGGUCAUGUGACUGAGCGCACUGAUGCCUCUACAGCCAGCUCGUUUCUGGAUAACGAUGAACUGGAAAGGACUGGCAUUGACCUGGGCACCACUGGGAGGCUGCAGCUAAUGGCCAGGCUGGCCGAAGGGACUGGUAUGCAGAUCCCUCCAGCUGCACAGCAGGCUCUUCAGAUGAGCAACUCAAUGGUGGCAAUGGCAGCAGCUACAGCGGCUAUGAAUCCUGGAUUGAGUUUCAACAUCAACGUGCCCACAAAUCAACCUCUCAAUCUACCAUCUCAGCCAAUUGCCACACACUGCUUCCAGCUGUCCAACAUGUUUGAUCCAAAUUCGGAGAAUGAACCUGGAUGGGAUGUUGAAAUCCAAGAUGAUGUAAUUGAAGAAUGUAACAAACAUGGUGGAGUAAUUCAUAUAUAUGUGGACAAGAAAUCUACUGAGGGAAAUGUAUACGUGAAGUGCCCAAGCAUCCCUGCUGCAAUGGCUGCUGUUAGUGCAUUACAUGGACGCUGGUUUGGAGGUAAAAUGAUCAAAGCUGCGUAUGUCCCUCUGCCAACAUACCACAAUCUUUUCCCUGAGUCGGUGCAAGCUACACAACUUCUUAUGCCUACUCGCCGGUGAUCCCUGGAGCUACACUUUUUUUCGCUUUCUCUUUUUAAUAUUCAAUUCUUGCAAGCUUUGACACCUUUGUGUAUGUUUAUGCCUCUACAUCACCUGGGCAUUAAACAAGUUUAUGUGGUAAUUUUGUAUGUACAGCCUUUUUUGUUCCCUUUCUUGGAGGGCCUUUUGACCCCUUAUUGUUUAUACAGUUUUCAGGGUUUGUUUUCUUCCACACAUUGUCUGUGAUUUGGCAUGAGUUCCACUAGAAGACAUGUACAGUUACCCACACAAAACUACAACUGUUGAAUCUUUUUUUGAAUGAAUUAAAAUCUUGUAGCUUUGGUUAAAUAUCUACAUACAGUGUUUUGGGCUCUAUGAGCUGAAAGAAAAUUAAAAUGACUGAUAAGAACCUGUGUGUUCAUAGAGACCAUUAUGGGUUUUGAUGCAUUGUCUUUUUCUAAUUAAGACUUGAUUUUGUAAAGUCCUUGAUGAACAGUUCAUUUCAAAUAAAGCCAUGAUGCUGG